AUGUCUCACUGCAUAGUGUUGGUCCAGACGGGCAAACCGGACUCCCGGACGUACAGUGACUUCGAGUCGGUGAACGAGGCCAUGGAGGGUGUCUGUCAUAUCUAUGAGCAGCACCUGAAGCGCACUAAUCCGGACAUCCCGUCCAUCACGUACGACAUCUCACAGCUCUUUGACUUCAUCGACCAGUUGACUGAUUUGAGUUGUUUGGUCUAUCAGCGCAACACCAAUACCUAUGCGCCCUAUGAUAAGGAGUGGAUCAAAGAGAAGAUCUAUAUUCUGCUCAGAGGUGUGGCCAACAAGACAUCAUAGGCCACCAGAUGAUCACAACCACCACUUCACACACAUAUUACCAGUUUCUCUUCCCUCCCCUCCAGAUUCUACUCAAAUGUUAUCAUAAUAUUGAGUCUCAAACUGAUCCAUAGUUUAGCCAUACUUUUAUUGAUAAUUAUGUC